CUGUUCUGUUUCAGGUCUGAUGCAGGCUUAACUUGCGAUUGCUUCAGGUCUGAUACGGGAUAGUCCUUUGCUGAAUGCUACCACGGCUGAGCCUGGUUCGGCGCACACAUAUUUGGCUGCUGUCAAUUGGAAAAGUCCGACCCUGGGGCGAUUCAAAAUGCAAUAUUGAUGCAUCAUUUGCGUCACAUUUAAAUAGAGUUGGGAUUGGAAUAUGCAUCUGUGACGAGCUUGGUCAGUUUGUGCUUUCAAAGAGAAAAUUGAUUGCCCUUCUUUGUGGAGUGGAUGUUGGUGAACCUCUUGGUUUUACGCAGGCAGAACCUGUGACUGUUUCGGGUCUGAUACAGGCUGGUGCUUUGCAGAAUGCUACAGUGGCUGAGCUUGAUGCUGCGCAGACAUAUUUGGCCGCUGUUGAUGUUGGUCUAAUGCAGGCUGAACUUGAGACUGCUUCAGGUCUGAUACAGGAUGGUCCUUUGCUGAAUGCUACAACGGCCGAGCCUGGUUCGGCGCUUACAUAUUCGGCUGCUGUUAAUUGGAAAAGUCUGACCCUGGGGCGAUUCAAAAUGCAAUAUUGAUGCAUCAUUUGUGUCACAUUUAAAUAGAGUUUGGAUUGGAAUAUUCAUCCGUGACGAGCUUGGUCAGUUUGUGCUUUCAAACACAAAAUUGAGUUGAUUAAAAAAAAAAAGAUAAAAUUGAUUGUGCUUCUUUGUGGAGAGGAUGUUGGUGAACCUCUUUGUGAGUAUGAGUUCAUAAAUUGAUGGUGUCCUUCGAUGUUUCUAAAUUUAGUUUUUGUCCCUCGAUGUCCUUAAAAUUGAUGGUCUGAAUGCAAUUUCAAUGUGAAUGCUUAAUUUUUUUUUUUUUUUUUGACUCAUGUGAAUGCUUAAUCUUGAUUAUCCAACAACGUGCUAAUUUGGUGAAUCUUGAUAAAUCAAACCUAAGAAGGCUAUUUUGGAAAGUAAGAAAUUGUAUAAUGGCUAAAAGAAUUCUUAAGUCGAGUAUUGGGAUGAUGUGUUUGGAUGACCCUAUCGAGAUGAUUUUUUUUUUCGAAAAAUGUGGUUUACAUUAUGGUCUAAAUGUAAUUUGAAGAUGAACGUUUUAUUCAUAACUUGAAAUACAAGUCGAGAUGACUCUUAAUAAUGAUUUUCUCAUAACAGUAAAUAAGGAAGAUAGUUCUGUCGUGGUGCAUUCGAUGCGAAAUUGAGUAUGUGUCCCUUGAUGUCCCUAAAUUGAGUUUAUGUACUUCGAUGUCCCUAAAUUGAGAGUAUGUCCCUCGA